GUGUUUCUCUCCUCUUGCAAUGUCCACGCUUGCUCUGAGGAGGAAACUAGCAGAGUCCAUGCCAAAGCCCUGCAAAGGAGGCUCGGAUGAUUUCCCUGGAGCUGCUCCAACUGUCCAGCAGAUGGAAAUCUGAGGACCCGGGACAGGAAUAUGGUGAACAAAGGCAGGGAAAGGGUCAAAGAGGAGCCCAAAAGCAGGAAGAGGAUUUGCCCAAAGAAAGUUGUAGGUGAGCGAACAUUAACUUCAGGGAGUCAACGUUGUUGGGGGCUUCUCCCCACCACUCUCCCCAUGCCUGAACUCAGUGACUGGCUUCUUGUACAUGUCUCAUGCAAUUCCUGGCCAGCAGAAGCUCUGAGACCCAACAAGGACUGUCCUGGUAGACCCAGUUUCCACCCCAGCCCUGGAGAAAAGAGGUUCUUUCCUACCUGUUCUGCUUCCUUGGAAGAUCCUGAUGGCUGUGUUCUGUGGAGCAUCUGGACAGAAGGAUGAGGCAGCCUCAGCACUUGCGCCCAGCCAGACACUCCCCAGCAGCUCUGAUCGAAGCCUCCAGAUGCCCACCCAGCUUCGAGGUCCCAGGAAAAGUGGAGUUGUCGGCAAGAGAACCCGAGAAGUGAAGCCCAGGGGAGACAUGCCCGCUGAUGAGAAUGUGCCCCAAAGGUCCCAGGUCCUGGGUCCACAGGAGCAGAAUGGGCCAUGUGAGGGAUUGGUGUCAUUUGAGGACGUGGCCAUGGACUUCAGCAGGGAGGAGUGGCAGCAGCUGGACCCUGCCCAGAGAUGCCUGUACCGGGACGUGAUGCUAGAGAUCUACAGCCACCUCCUCUCCGUGGAAGACCUGUGGGGACACCGUGGCCGUGCAGCGAGGGGUCAGCAGAAGCAAGAUGAACCUGCACGGCGUGGGGCCUUCCUUGACGGGAAGACACUGGAUACAGAGAGAGACUGGGAGCGGGAGGACCCGGGAAGAAUCAUUCAUGUGAGGCCUCACCUUGUUUGUUCACAAAGCAGGCCUCCUCAACACUGCUCAGUUGCCAGGAGUUUGAAGCCUAAUCCAGACGGGCAUCGUCAGACUCAAAGCGACAGCACAGAACACCGCGGUGAGCUGGCUGGCUCUGGCCGGAUGUUCUCCCGUAGCUCCUCCCGGGCCAGCUGCAAGCACGUUCAUCCAGGAGAGAACUUCUGCGAAGGGAAUCAACGUCCGAGAGUCCUCAGCCAUAAACAGCCACGCACGCAGCACCAAAUGCGUAAUCAGGAGAGACCCCAUAAAUGCGCUGAGUGUGGCAGGGGCUUCCCCCAGAAGCCGCCCCUCGAGCAGCAGAGAUUCCAUAGUGUAGAAAACCUCCAGGAGUGUAGCAGAUGUACCAAGGGCUUCACCCCACAACCGAAGCUCGGUGUGUAUCCGACAGCUCACACAGCUAACAUCUGCAAGGAGUGUGGGAAGGUCUUUGUUCAGAGAGCAGAACUGAUGACACACCAGAAAACUCACACAAGAAGGAAGUCCCAUAAAUGCCACGAAUGUGGGAAAGCCUUUUACCAGACGCUAUCUCUCUUCAGACACCAGAGGACUCACACUAGUGGGAAACUCUACGAAUGCAGUGAAUGUGGGAAAGGCUUCUCCCAGAAUUCGACCCUCGCCAUCCAUCAGAAGAUUCAUACGGGUGAGCGCCAGUACGCGUGCGGCGAAUGCGGGAAGGCCUUCACCCAGAAGUCAACGCUCAGCUUGCACCAGAGAAUCCACUCAGGGGAGAAGUCCUACGUGUGCAUUGAGUGCGGACAGGCCUUCGUCCAGAAGGCGCACUUGACCGUGCAUCAGAGAGGCCACACCGGAGAGAAACCUUACCCGUGCCACAGCUGUGGGAAGGCCUUCAUUUCCAAGUCACAGCUUGAUAUACAUCACCGAAUUCACACCGGGGAGAAGCCUUAUGAAUGUGGUGACUGUGGAAAAGCCUUCACCCAAAAAUCACACCUCAACAUCCACCAGAAAAUUCACACCGGAGAAAGACAACACGUAUGCGGUGACUGUGGGAAAGCCUUCAACCAGAAGUCCAUACUCAGCAUGCAUCAGAGAACUCACACCGGGGAGAAGCCUUACAAAUGCGGCGACUGUGGGAAAGCCUUCACUUCCAAGUCACAGUUCAAGGAGCAUCAGCGGAUUCACACCGGAGAGAAACCCUAUGUGUGCACCGAAUGUGGGAAGGCCUUCAAUGGCAGGUCAAAUUUCCACAAACACCAGAUGACGCACACCAGAGAGAAAACCUUCACCUGUUACAAAUGUGGGAACGCCUUUCUCCAGAAAUCAGAGUUGGUGGCACAUCAGAGAACGCAUGUUGGGGAGAAGCCUUAUGAAUGCUGUGACUGUGGGAAAUCCUUCGGCCGGAAACCACAGCUCCAAGUGCAUCAGCGGAUUCACACGGGAGAGAAGCCUUACGUAUGUUCUCAGUGUGGGAAGGCCUUCAACAACAGAUCCAAUUUUAAUAAACACCAAACAACUCAUGCUAGACACAGGUCUUAUUAAAGCAAUUAUUGCAUGAAAGGCUUUACCUAGAAAUCAGUUCGUCGUAUGCAUCAGCAUAUACACGAAUGAGACAAACUAAAUUUCUUGAAGAAGAGAAAAAUCUCCCACGCGUCAGAUUCAGUUGUAGGUUACAGAAUCCAGGAUUCUGAAGAACUCCAGGAAAGCACUGCGUGUUGCAAAGUUGCACAUCAUUUGACGUGAAAGAAAGGGCUCAGAAAAUAACAUGAAUUAACAUGAUUGAGGGUAAAUGUCCAUAUUUGUACUAGCCUUGUUAAGGACUAUGAAACUCAUCUGGGAAGAAACCCUGACUGGCACACUGAGAAUUGUGUUCCUCUGGGAAGUACAAGACUUGUACCAGAUGGGUUAUAGAAAAAUUUGUGAGAAAUUAAUGGUAACCCUGUUGAAUUUGGAAUAUCGGUAUUUUCAAAGAACUAGAAACCGGAAUGACCAGACAGGUUGUGUGUGUGUGUGUGUGUGUGUG